AGGACAGGCCCAUUUCACUACAAAAGGAGCAUCGAUGUGAUCCAAUCCGCACCGGUCCUCUCUAAUAACCAUUUCUCAGUCUCGCACACCUUAAAGAUGCAGGAGGCUCUGAACUUCUUCUGCCUUUUCAUCCUCUAUUCCGUUCCCGGGACAAGUGGGCAAAUUCUUUGUCCCGAUUCUACUGAAAUCCUCCCCUGCACAUGCUCCCAAGAUGUAAUCGACCGUACUGUGAAUGUGGACUGUUCGGAGGCGAACUCGAGUGACGAAAUCCACUAUCCCUUCAAUGACGUUGACUGGCCCUUCCAAAAUCUCACACGGUUUCUUCUGAAAGAGAACAAUGACGUCUCAGUGUUGCCCGAAGGAGUUUUCGGCGAUAUCAGUUUCGAGGAAAUCUUCGUCGACCUGACCUCCGUGACCAGCCUCCAUUUUACGACCUUGUUACCCUCGAAAGAUCGCCUUUGGAGUUUGAUCAUCGGUUUCAGCUCCCUGGAAGAAUUCCCUUGGGAGAUCCUCCCUCAACUUAUCAACCUCAAGGAGCUCGAUCUGCAGUUCAAUGCAUUGACCAGUUUGCCGCUGCUUCAAAGUGCAAGUCUCGAAUACAUCGACAUCAUGUUUAAUGAAAUAUCUCACGUCGAGGCAGGAUGGUCUCUCCCAAAUCUCAGAAUCCUCAACUUGAAUUCCAAUCCUGUCUCAGAUGUCCCAACUGGAUUCUUCAGCGACAUGGGAAAAUUAGAGGAAUUUCUUUGUUUCUCCUGUGCCCUUGGACCAACACUGUCGACUAAGUCUCUGGAAUUCCGCAGUGCAACCUUUAAACGGAUUGUCAUAAGUAGUAACUCAAUCUCAACUCUGGAUGUGGAUGCGAUCACAGGUUUGCAGCCCAACACGCGUCUAUCUUUUCGGGAUAACGAAAUUCGGGAAUUGACGGAGGUAUUAUUCCGCCCCAUGCUGGAUGUGCUCUCAGUGGACACUGGGCACAUGGAUAUAGUCGGAAACCCCGUGAAGUGUGACUGCAGCAUAGCAUGGGUAGUGCUCAAUCCUUCCUUUUUGGGAAGCGUGUUUGGUGUAUGCACGGAUGGAACGAAUUUUCAAGACUUGGAUCCGAUCAUUUUUGAAGACUGCGCUAGAAGCGAGCCUACUUUAGUAGAUGACUAUUCCACCUGGAUCGACUCCAGAAUGAAGUAAAUGUGGAAACAUGGUGGAAGAAAUUGUUUUUGUCCUUGGCUCCAUGAAUCUGUC